AUGGCUAAAUUGCUACUGUUGUUUGCUCUCUGUGUGCUCCCAGCAAUUGCUACUGCUCGCUUUGCGGGCAACCCAUUUCUUGUAACGGGUAAAGUAUACUGUGACACUUGCCGCUGCGGCUUUGAGACCACUGCCUCCAAGUACCUCCCUGGUUCUCUUGUUAAAAUUGUGUGCAAAGACAGGGACACUUCACGAGUUACAUAUGAGGUUGAGGGUGUGACCGACUCAACUGGAACUUACAAUAUCCUGGUACAGAGCGACCGUGGAGAUGAUGCAUGUGAUGCAGUUUUGGUCAAGAGUUCAGAUCCAGAAUGCAGCAAUCCUAACUCAGGCAGGGACAAAGCCAGAGUCAUCCUCACCCGCAACAAUGGUAUGGUUUCAGACACUCGUUUUGCCAAUGCUAUGGGAUUCUCCCAGAAUGUGCCUUUGGCUAGCUGCCCCCAGAUCCUCCAGAAAUACCAGGAAGCUGAGGAUUGA